AUGGCAUCAUCAUCAUCAGUUAUCGCACAAAAAAUGACGUACCAAAUUAUUACAACGGAUCUUAAUUCACCUGUCGAGAAAAUCCAAGACUACGAAAGUUUAGAUUUAGAAUCUUUCGAAAAAAGUCCAAUAUGGUCUGAUGAAUAUCUCUUACAACUAAAUAUUCCACGUCGUCCUUUUGAUUUUCAAAUUGAACUCGUUCAAUCAGUCAUAAACAGUGGAAACUCGAUUGUUAGUUUACGAACAGGUGCAGGAAAAACAUACAUAGCUGCAUUAUUAAUAAAAUAUUAUUACAUGAAGAAACGGAAAGAAAAUGAUAAGCAGUUUUUAACAUUUUUCUUCAUUCCUAAUCGCUCAAUUCGUGAUCAACAAGUAACAGCUAUACGUGAUGUUGGCGAUCUUCGUGUUAUGCCAUGUGAUGAUGAUUCGUCAGCUAAUGAAUUCAUUCAGUACAGUCAUGUUGUUAUUUGUACACCACAAAAAUUUUUGAAUUGUUUAGUGGAUAAAACUAUUCUUUUAAAUCAAAUUGAUUUGUUAAUAUUUGAUGAAUGUCAUAAUUGUAUUGGAAAUCAUCCAUAUUCGAAAAUUAUGGAACAAUAUUUAAUUUAUCAUCAAUCGGAGCAUCAACCGAGAAUAAUUGGUCUUACUGCUUCAUGUGGAACGAAACUAACGAAUCCAGAUGCAAUAUCUGAAGAAUUAUCAAAUGAUAAAAAACGUCGGUAUAAUGCUCUCAAUAAGCUCUAUGAAUUGUGUGCAACACUCAAUUGUUAUGAUGUUGUAACUGUAAAAAAAGUAGACCAUAUAGAAGAAUUGAAUAAAAAAAUACAUAGACCAACAGAUGAUCAAAUUCUCACCGUUCAAUCAAUGCCAUUUGAUCAGUAUUUAAAAACAUUAAAAGAAGUAAUUGAAUCCUUGCUGAUGUACAUAGGAUCUCGAUGUUCUCCCAGUGUUGUUGAUGUAUUAACCGACGAACAAAAAUUGGUUGAAAGAAAACAUGAAGCAGAGAAAAAUAAUAAUUUCAUAAAUGUCAUACUAAUUCGAUACAUGAUUAUGUUUGUCAAAAGACUCAAUGCGUUAACUGAUUUACCAAUAAAAUCAAUAAUAGAUGAUAUCAUCAAGAAAAUUGAUCUAUUUUACAAUAAAAAAGAAACACCAAUAGAAAUUGAAACUGAAAUUCAUGAUUAUUGUCUACAAACAGUAAAUAGUAUAGUUGAACAAUUGAAAGCAAGUCAGUAUUAUUUAACUAAUCCCAAGCUUGAUUUUUUAACUGAUUUAUUGCAACGACUUAUCAAACAAAGACAAAAUGCGAGAGGAUUAAUUUUGGUAUCGCGUACACUUUAUGCAAAGCUUAUGUUUGAUUAUUACAAUGAACAUCAAGAUGUUAAGAACAUUAUAAAACCUUGUUGGCUUGUUGGUCAAAAUGGUGUUGAUUAUCAGAAUAGUCUCAGCGAACAAGACGAAACAUUGAACAAUUUUCGAAAAGGACUGCCAAAUGUGUUGAUUGCUACAGAUAUCGUACAAGAAGGUUUAGAUGUACCAGAAUGUUCUUUUGUUAUACGUUAUGAAUUUGUUUCAAAUGAAAUUGGUACAGUUCAAUCAAGAGGACGAGCUCGAGCAGAAAAAAGUUCUUGUUUUUUAGUUGUUGACGCAGGUUCACAAAAUCACAUAAAAGAAAUAACAAAUCGUUUGAAAGAAAAGGAAAUGUUAGAAGCACUUAACAGUUGGCAACAAAUAUCACCCGAUGAAUUGAAAUGUAAUCUUCAAAAUGUGCAGGUUAAUGAAAAUCGAAUUAUUAAUACAUGGCGUGCCGAAGCGGAAAUAAAACAGGUAAUUCAAUCUAGUUUACAAGAUCCAGAGACCAUAGAUGGCAAAGUUUCAUGUCGCUCAUGCGAUUAUUAUUUGGGUGAACUUUCAUGGAUACGCAAGCGAAAUAAUAAUUAUUUUGUUCGACAACAACAACUUACCGAACGGAUAGAAAUUGAACGAUAUCCUGAAGCACAAAUAUUCAAAGAAAUACAAGUGAAUGGAAAAGUUCGAUGUGGAAAUAGGAAAUGUCGUGAGGACAUAGGUGGUGUCCAACAAUAUACAGAUCGACCAGAUAUUAAAGAAAUAUGUGCACUUGCAUGCAAAAAAUUGAAAUUCUCUUCCAAAAAUCAAAAUGAUGAUAUUGAAAUUUCAACUUGCAAGAAAUGGACUGAAGUUAAAUUUAAAAUACCUGAAUUGGAACCACUCAUGUCGACUGAUACAGUACCUGUUCGACAAUAG